UGUCCCUUCCAGAGGUAGAGUUAGUCAUGUAAAACAACAAAGAUCCUAUAUCCUAUUGAAAUAUUCCAACUUGUUCAUUGUUUUUUCAGACAUUCCAUUGUUACAUUAUAAGCAACACCGUACGUUGAUGAUCUUGAACAAGUAUAUAAAUAUACGUUCAUGUUCUUCAUGUUGACAUCAAUACCUAAUUAAGUGAAUUUCUUGGUCAAGGGAUGAAAUUUGGGAAAGAAUUCAGGAUGCGUAUAGAAGAAAUUCUUCCUGCUUGGAGAGACCAUUAUUUGUGUUACAAAACCUUGAAAAAGAUUCUGAAGCGCUUUCCAUUUACAGUUGAUCAGGAGAACCGGUUUCUUGUGAUUCUCAAUCAAGAACUGAUAAAGAUUAAUGAUUUUUAUGUGGACGAGGAAGAAGAAUUUAUCAUCAGAUUUCAGGACUUGAAAGAGAGAACUGACAGAGUGAAGGAGAUGAUCAGAAAUGGAACGUUCAGAAGUGAACUCCGUGGUGAAAUAAUGGGCAUUCUUACUGAUUUUUUCACCAUUCAAGGGGAGUUGGUGGUGCUAAAAAACUAUUGCUUCUUGAACUAUCUUGGGCUAACAAAAAUAUUGAAGAAGCACGACAAAAUAACAGGGGGAUCAUUGCGUAUUCCAUUUAUCCAUCUGGUCCGUCGACAGCCCUACUUCACAGCAGAACCUCUCACAUUGCUACUCCAAGAUUGUCAGGCAAAUCUUGAAUUUCUCCUCUGAAGCAGAAGCUCAAGAAACCAGCCCAAGUUCUUAGAAAAGUGAUUAUUUGGGAAGAAUGUACAGUAUCAUGUGCACAUUGUAUAGACCAUGUGGAAUGGUGGGCAUUGUGCACUAUAUCAUCUAAUACUAUAUCUUAUUCUUCUGUAUUUCAUUCGUGUAAUGAGACAUGUAAUUUACGUUCAAAUCUGAACUAAAAAGCUUGUAUCAUAGCGUAUGUAAUAUUUAGCUACAUUAUAAUACUCGCAGGUGGAGUUUAAUGUAGCUUGAUAGUUGAUACUGAUAUUAUUAUCGUUUAGGUGGAAUAGCUGUUUGAAGCUCAGCAUGUUUGUAUAUGAUUGUGAGUAAAAUCUGUUCUGUUAUUCGA